CCACAGGCACCACUACUUCUCCCACCUAGUAAGAAAUAGAAAUAAAGAAAAAAGGUUAAGAAGUUAACAUCAUUAACUCAUUUGACAAAAGUGUAUCUUUUUUCUUCUUCUUUUUCUUUGCUUAUUCUUCCCACUAACCCCAUGGCUCUACACCAACAUUUUAUAAAUGGUUUCCAACCAUGGUUUUAGCCUCAACAUCAAGGUUUUUAGAGUUUUUGUGAUCAUAUAACUAUUGUAAUUAUGAUUGUAUAUAUAAACUAUAUUUGUCUGUAAUUUCAUACAACAUCAAAGAUUUCAGCUAGUCAUUGAAGUUCCGUAAUCAUGUUUGUCUAUACUUGUUUGUAAUAUCGAUUAUCGUGACAAAAUCGAGACUGUAACUACAAUUUAAAAAAUCUUGAUUUCAGCCACAAUUUUAAGGUAUUUGAGGUCUUUACAAUCACACAUGACUGUAAUUGUAAUUACGCCAAUUGAAUUUAUCUAUAAUUUUAUGUGAUAUCAAUUAUCGUGACAAAAGUGAGACUGUAACUACAAUUUAAAAUCUUGAUCUCGACGAAAUUGCAAACGCGACCACGUUUGCAAUUUAUAACCUUCUUAUCCACUCUCUUCAAUUUGUUCUGCCAUUUGGUAACACUGUUUUCACCCUUUUUCUAAUGCUAGUGGUUUUCUCUCUCCCUCUCUGCCUCUAGUAGUUACAAUUUGCAAAUAGAGUCAUCAUCAUCAUGUCACACCCAAAGGGAUAAAAAAAAAAACCAAAACUUGUAACACAUGGGAGUUGUUGAACAAGAAAUGGAAGAGGAAGAGAAAGAAAAACAUACAAACAACCAAGACCAAAACAACCAUAACCACCCUUCUUCUCUCCACCCAAUUAAGGAAGAGUGUGUUAGUGUGAGAAAACCCUUUAGUGGUGAUAGAGUGAAGAGAGAUGAAUGGAGUGAAGGGGCAGUGUCAACCCUCCUUGAGGCUUAUGAGGCCAAAUGGGUGCUAAGAAACAGAGCCAAACUCAAGGGCCAUGAUUGGGAGGAUGUGGCACGGCACGUGUCGGCACGUGCCAACUGCACCAAAUCACCAAAGACUUCAACGCAGUGUAAGAACAAGGUUGAGUCCAUGAAGAAGAGAUACAGAUCAGAAUCAGCAGCAACAGCAGAUCAUGCAUCAUCAUCAUGGCCUCUUUAUUCACGGCUUGAUCUUCUUCUUAGGGGAACUGGACCCGUGUUGUCGUCGCCGCCGCCGCCGCCUCCGGCAAUGAUGGCGGCGGCGAUGCCGGUUCUGUCUCCGGUGGAGCCGUCGCAACCGCCGCAGCUGUCGCCGCCUCUGGCGGCUCCUUCAGGGCCACUUGCAAAUGCACAAAACUCGCAUGGAUCCAACGGAAUUGAUGAGAAGCUUGCUAAGGAAGAUGGGUUAGGAACUAAGUCAUCUGAUCAAGUAUCUAGCAAGAAUCCAUUGGACACAGAUAGCAGCACGCCAGCACUUUAUAGCAAGAAGGACGGGUUAAGAUGCAACAAGAGGAAGAAGAAAACAAUUGACAACACAGGGCGAAGAAGGAAAGAGUGUGUGGAGAUAGCAGAAAGCUUAAGAUGGCUUACAGAAGCUAUGAUAAGGUCAGAACAAGCAAGAAUGGACACAAUGAAGGAGAUAGAGAGGAUGAGAGUUGAAGCUGAGGCCAAGAGAGGGGAAAUGGACCUUAAGAGAACUGAAAUAAUUGCCAAUACACAGUUAGAGAUUGCUAGGAUCUUUGCAAGUGUCAACAAUAAAGGUGUUGAUUCAUCUCUAAGAAUUGGAAGAAGUUAAGGGUAGGUUGUGGAAGAUAAUUAAUAAAAAUGUUAUUAUUGUAUGUGCACAUAAAGUUAUCAAAUAAUGCUAUUAAUAUAAUAAAAUUUGAGUAAAUAACUUAUUUCCUGAU